AUGUCGGUGCCGGGCAUGCUAACUGGUGGCAAUUCUGCCUUUGCGGGGAUCGACAAGUCCUGGCUCAUUUUAACAAAGUGUUUGCCGUACGAUCUAGAUCUGGGCAACGUGGACGGUUAUGGGGUAUGGGGUGGUAGUAUGGGGGUGGGAGGAGUUGACUACCGCCGGAUAGCCUUUGCUCCGGGUGGAAUCACUUUCGACUCGCCUUGCAGUCAGGGGACGUUGUGGCCAAACAGAGACCAGAAUGGGUCUCCCAUGACCCUUGGGCUCCUCUCCAUGGGCUUGUCGACCGAGGCCACUGGAUGGAUGGAUGGAUGGAUGGAGAGUGUUGGUGAACCGGACAAGACACUCCUGGCGAAUCUCGCCUCCUCCCACUCGGCCUCCCUGUUCGAUAUAAUCAAGACCCCCCGUAGCCGUGGCCGGGACUCUCGGAUGAAUAUGAAAGCCGUGUGUGUGAAGUUUUGCUGGCAAGCUGCUAGCAGCUCCUCACCCGCAUACACACACACCUCUCUAUCCUUCCAUCAUAAACGGGAGCCAGCAUUUCAUCUUUCAUGGUGGUUUCGAAACGAUGUCCACUCUCCUCCUUCUCCUCCUCCACCCCGAAAUUGGGUUUCUGUUUGACCCCGUACGUAUGUACGUUUGCCAUCUAUCCACCAACAGCUUUUGUCCGGCUGCGAAGAUUCUUUACGAACUGUCCAAUGUUUGUUACUUGGCCAUGCUGUCGGCCCAUGCCGACCCGCAGAGAGCUCAUUUCGGGGUUUUCGAUGGCGAAGAUUAUUCGGGUCGUCCUCGGCGUAAGAUAGGUGAGGUUGGUGUAGUAGGGGGUUUUGAUGGGGUGGUGAGGAGUGUUAUGUAUGAACAUAACUUCUUGACCAGGUUGGCCUACCUUGGGGGUUUGUUGUAGAAUUCCUGGUUCAGAGGGUUGUCGACGCUGCGGGAGAGGUUUGAAGCUUGACCACCCGGAGGAAUGUGUAUUUCCCCCCCCCCACCAUGGUAGUAGUGCGGAUGCUUAGUAGGUCUCUGGUGUCUGGGAACUGGGUUUGAGCAAAGGCAUUGUUGCUCAAGAGGGAGGCAAGUGCCGAGGGUAUCAGUUGGAAUUUCAUCUUCAAACGGUUGCAGGGUAGGUAUCUGGCUUCAGGUGAGUGAUAUUUGGCUGGAUGUAGUCAUCAGCAAGCGUAUAUAUCUUUCAUGGACGUAGGUGUCGAAUGAUGUUUAGAGGUUGGAAUUUGGCCAAUAUUGUUAUUUCAUCCCCUCUCUCGUCCCGGCCUUGCCCGUGAUAUCAGAACAUUUGAAGUUCGAAUCAUCGUCCCCAU